AUGGAUACUUCUACUUUGUUACCACCAUUUGUUUCACCAAUUUCCACAUCUUUACCUGCAUCUACCAUAUCACCUACCUUUUCAAAUAUCAUGAACCAGCCUAUCACUUCUUUAUUUCCUUCUCAAUCCACUGAAGGAUCCAAAUCCAUUCCUGAUGAUAACACAAAAGAUGAUGAUGUUAUGGUUUCUUUCCCUGACAUCCAAUUUGAUCCUGAGGAGGAGAACAUUCCUGAUUACAUGCUUAUGUCUGAUGUCAUGCUCAAAGCUCAAGAACUUCGUUUGAAAGCUUUGAUGGAACAGGAGGAUGUGAAUUUGAAACUUGAAGAAAUUUGUUUUCAAAUGCCGAAAGAGGUUGUCAAUCGUGAUCACAGUUACUCAACUCUCAAUACAAUAGUUGAUAUUGUUGUUGCUGUUGUUACGAAAGUUGUUGAAUUUCACGAUUCUCCUCAUACCAAGAUUGUUGCAAAGUCGGAGUUUGAUUCUAAAAGCUUUGCAAAAUUAGAAGAGUUAGUGGGCAGUUUGAAAGAGUUAUUUUUGAAGCUUGGUUCUUCUCUACAGUCUUCGAUUUCUCAAGAAUCCUUGUCUAAGAUAUUUUCCUCAUUGGAUUCUUCUCUCAAGGCUAACUUGGAUCCACUUUUUUAA